UGCUUAAUCUUUUCACAUUGCACACGACAUGACCGAGUCCGUUUCACGACUCUGACUAUUCAUAAUGACGUGAAGUGUUAACUGCUUGUUGAUAUGGCUCCUUUUAUCAAGAAUCUUCUAUUUUUGUUGCUGUCACUUCUGAGUUUCGCAAGGACCUUUGCGCUGUCACCAAGAGCCGAUGCAAACUACCAAGAAUGCAUUGUCCCGGAGAGAUUUGGAGUAAAUGAUAAUGUCAUCAUUAACGAUGAACAGCUAACAAGUUCUUCGGCGCGCCCUGAGUUUCCCGCAUACAAUGGACGUCUGGGACUUCACUCGAAAGCCUGGUGUGCAUCUACAAACAAUAAGAGCCAGUGGCUGCAAGUUGAUUUAAGAGAGAGGAAGGUGUUACUAGCUAUCACUACCGAGGGAACUGUUGACGCGUGGGUGACGCAGUACUACCUUCAGUACAGUAACGACAUGGAGACAUGGUAUUGCUAUGGAGAUGAGAUCACCAACGCAAAGAUGCUGCAGGCUUAUCAAAGCUCAUUCACUAUGACUUUGCUACAACGUCCCAUUGCAAGAUAUGUCCGCCUCAACCCACAAGCGUGGAACGGUAAUAUCUGUUUGCGCUUUGAGCUCUAUGGCUGCCAUAUAUCACAAUCACAAUCAAGUAAGUUAUACAAACUAGCUAAGUAG